CUAGAAGCCGUCCGAGCGAAUGCAAAUCGCGGUAGUCGCGCCCGCAUGCGGUUAUUUCCAUCAAUAUCGACAGGAGACAAGAACAUCGAGAUGCUGUCUGCCGUCUCUUCUCGUCUGUUUCAGUCACUUUCCUCUUUUCUCCUCUCACCUCGGAUUGGAGCGCAUUCAAAAACUCACUGAAAAGAGAUCGUCUCUUCGCCGUACCCUCGCGGUGAGAGAGAACAGCGAUAACUCGUAGGCAGGAAGAAGUAUGUUUCUCAUGCACUUUGCUUCGGAUUUCUUGUUCCGAUUACGGUGUGUCGAUUGCCGCUCGUGGCUUGACCUAGUCAGUUCGCUCUCUCUUCCCCUGUUUUUCCGACUCUCUGUGUUGUUGCCAGCAACGUCAUCGAACGCAUCUUCUUCGUCUCUGGGCGGCUCUCUCGCGCUGCCCUCAGUCUCUCCAUCUUCGUCAUCUCAUUCAGAGGAAAGAGAAGUCACUUUUUCGCUUGUUCCCACCCUACCGUCUCUCCUUCCAAAUCUCGACGAAGCCAUCUUUCUUGUCUCCUUGUUUGUUCUCAUUCUUUUCUUUUCGUAUCCUUCCUCUGUCUCCCUGCCAUCCUUCCUGGUCGUUUCUGUCUCCUCCCUCGUCUCUGUCUUCUCUUUCGACUUCCAGCCUCCCUCUUACCAUGACCGCUCUCUCGUCAUCCUGUCCUCUCGACUCUGCCUCAUGUUCGGGGACUGUUGUCACUUACAUUGUCCCGACUGAUGGACCUGUUCGGCGGAUCUGUCGUUCUUCAUCAUCAUCAUCAUCAUCAGCAUCAUCAUCAUCUGCUUCUUCAUCUGCUUCGUCAUCUUUCUGCUCGUCAACAAAUCCAGCAGAAGGGUCGUCCGCUUUAGAUUUCAGGAAGAGAAGCCUAGAAGAAGAAGGGGAGAAGGGAGCUUCUCAGGCUGGAUGGAAAGUCAAGACAUUUCGAGGCAGCGUCGGAGCCUCAGAUGGUUCGGACGCCUCUCUGGACGCUGGCGCAGGAGGCUCGAUUAAACAGGUGACUGAGGGGAAGUACGAAGGCGGCCUGGCUCUUUGGGAGUGCACUUGGGAUCUCGUCAGAUUUCUUCUAAAACUCAGAAGAUCCGAUUUGCAGGACGCCCAUGUGCUUGACCUAGGGUGUGGGCAUGGACUGGCGGGGCUGCUCAUGAUUCAGAGAGGAGCGGGCGCUGUCGUGUUUCAAGACUUAAAUGAGGAAGUCCUUUUAAGCGUCACCGCCCCGACAGUCGCGCUCAAUAUGGAGACAGCAGACGAGGUAUCCAUGAAGACGAUGCAUGCAGCGAAGCAUCACAAGAUGCGGCUGUGCCGACGCGGGCCAGACAGGCAUGCGGAUGCUCCCUCUGUCUCAGCUGGGUGUCCAGCUGUUUCUUCGUUGCGUCUUCCUGAAAACUGUCUGCUUCUUCCGGCGUCCUGGGAGGCCUUCCCCUCGCUGUGUUGCUCGUGCAGCUGUUCAUGUUCUGAGGCAGAUCCUCUCGCCUCAGCUUCAAACGCGUUUCCUUCCCCGUGUGCGCUGGCUUCCGCCCCCUCGCCUUCACCAGAAGGCGGCUUCCGACAGAAUCGGAGCGAGGCGCAGUUCGACUGGAUUCUCGCCUCGGAGUGUAUAUACAGACCAAAGCUGUUCGAGACCCUGCGGCAGCUCUUCAAGACGCGACUGAAGCGCGGAUCAGGGAAGGCCGUGGUUGCGGGGAAAAGGUACUACUUUGGUCUCGGCGGCGGCACACUGCCCUUUCUACACUUUCUACGCAAGGCCGAGAGCGAAGAGAGAGAGCGGCGACGGGCGGCGAAGGGGAUGAAAGAAUGCCAAGAAAGGCAGCAAGGAACAGAGAGUGUAACAAGCUCAGAAGGGAGCACUCAGACCGACGUUUGCAUGGAGGACAGGACCUAUCAAGACUCUGAUGGUGGAACGGACGACGAGCUCGAAGUGUCCGUGGCACUAGCUAUCGAGGAUAAAACUUCCAAUGUCCGCGACAUUCUCCUGAUUGAAAAGAAAAACAGAAACACGGGUUCAUCGUAACUCUUCCACGAGGGACCCCAGAGGCUCGCAUCGAGCAACCGAGCAACCCUGCCUCUCUUCUGUUACGGUGUUGCUGCGUGUUCCAAAGGUGAUCUGGACGCGUCUAAUUAUAGUGCUGACACACCAAAUACUGCGCUUCACAUGGAUUGCCAGGCCCUCGACUCGACGUGCCUGCCUACCUGCCGUACUGAUAUAUAUAUAUAUAUAUACCAACUGUCCUAUGUGAAUUGGAUUCCGCUUUGACUGUAUGUGGUCCGC